GUCGCCCCGAGCACAGUAAAGGAAGGGAGGGACAGAGAAUAGCUGAGCUGUGCAGCUAAACAAUCCUGUUUGGUGGCCUACCUGCUUCUCUCUCGCACCUUGAUGAAGACUUCGACUGUACGGACUGCAAAAUAAAAACAAAAAUGCCGUUAUCCAGCUCUUAAAUGUGACCAUCAACAUCAGUCAAUGCCGUCUCAAGGUCAAGAAGAAGAGACAUGAACAACCCCACCCCCGAAUUAGUGGUGGGACACCCUGCUGGACUUGUUGUGGAUAAAGAUGCUACUUCAGAGACAGCAUUUGGGGGCGCCUACUCUCCGGUGGACUAUAUGAGCAUCACAAGCUUUCCCAGAUUGCCAGAGGACGAGAUGGUGUCUAGUGACAACGCCCCUAAAUCUCACAAAGAUGAGGACAACAUCUUGGGCGAGCAAGAGACAGACCCAGAUGGAUUUUUAAAGUCUGCCCGUCUCCAGCGUCUCCCAUCCUCAGCUUCUGACCUGGCCUACCAUGAUGCUGUGUCUCUGAGGGAAACCACUAACGACCCUUUUACUCAAGAAUGUGCCUGCCAGCGGGAUGGACUGACCGUCAUCAUCACUGCAUGUCUCACCUUCGCCAUAGGAGUCACUGUAGCUCUCGUCAUGCAGAUCUACUUUGGAGACCCCCAGGUUUUUCACCAAGGAGCAGUGGUGACAGAUGUGGCUCGGUGUACAUCCCUUGGGUUUGAAGUUUUAGGGAAGCAAGGGUCCAGUGUUGAUGCUGCUAUCACGGCUGCCCUCUGUUUGGGGAUCGUCCACCCUCACACCUCUGGUUUAGGAGGUGGGGGAGUUAUGUUGGUGCAUGACAUCUGGAAGAAUGAGACACGGGUCAUUGACUUCCGAGAGACAGCGCCAUCUGCCAUUCGGGAAGAGCUACUACAGUCAAACAUUGAGCACAAUGCAGGUUUGCUUGUUGGAGUACCAGGUUUACUCAGCGGGAUGCAUCAGGCACACCAGCUUUAUGGCAGAUUACAGUGGAAAGACGUGGUUACCAUGGCAGCGGAUGUGGCCAGAAAUGGAUUCAAUAUCACACAUGACUUAGCUGAAGCGCUCGCUAAUAUUAAAGACCAGAACAUUUCAGCUGCAUUUCGGGAUCUCUUCCUCCCUAAUGGCCAGGCUCCACUCCCUGGGUUGCUGAGCAGACGGCCUGAUUUAGCGAGCAUCUUAGAUGCUGUCGCAGUCAAAGGGAUAUCGGAAUUCUACAGUGGGAACCUGACGCAGGAAAUGGCUGCUGUGGUGCAAGCAAGUGGUGGAGUGCUCACAGAAGAUGACUUUGGUAACUACAGCACUGUCCUACAGCAACCAGCCCACAUCAACUAUCAGGGACACCAUGUGAUGGUGGCUCCAGCCCCUCAUGCAGGUAUCGGCUUGAUCACUGCCCUUAACAUCCUGGAAGGUUACAACAUUACAAACCAGGUGCCCAGGAACAGCACGUAUCAUUGGACUGCAGAGUCUGUGAAGAUAGCUCUGGCACUGGUGAGUGGUUUGGGAGACCCCAUGUUUGACACUUCAGUCUCAGAGACGAUCAACAAGAUGUUGAGCAAGCCACAGGCGACCUUACUUCGCCAAAUGAUCAAUGACUCUCAGGCGUUUCCUGCCAGCCAUUACGUGCCAUCAUUUAGUUUGGAGGAAGGUGCAGUAGCUGCCCAGGUCAUGGUCAUGGGCCCAGAUGACCACAUUGUCUCCGUAGUAAGCUCCCUGAAUAAACCAUUUGGAAGUGGGAUAGUGACUCCUUCUGGGAUCAUUUUCAACAGCCAAAUAUUGGCCUUUUCUUGGCCUAAUAAAACCCAAAGCCCCAUACCUAACCCUCAUAACAGCCUCCAGCCUGGGAAGAGGCCAUUGUCCUUCCUGAUGCCCACAGCAGUGAGGCCAGCCAUAGGGAUGUGCGGUACCUACGUUGCGGUUGGAUCCUCCAAUGGAGCAAAAGCUCUUAGUGGCAUCACACAGGUGCUGCUAAAUGUUCUCUCCUCACGUAAAAACAUGAGCGACAGUUUAGCGUAUGGUAGACUCCACCCACAGCUGCAGCAAGAAACUCUUCUAGUGGACUCUGAAUUUCUAGAUGAAGAUGUUGAGCUGCUUCAGGCCAAGGGUCACAAAGUUGAAAGGAUUGAAGUUUUGUCAUUGGUGGAAGGCACCCGGAGAACUAAUGAUGUCAUCAUUGGUGUGACGGACCCCCGUAGUGCUGAUGCCUCAGCCCUGACCAUGUAUAAGACUUAGUACUGUAGUCUUAAAAUACCACUUAAUAAUUUGGGCACUGAACAAAUAGCAAUAGACUGUUCCCACAACUGUGUGCAAUUUUAAAUAAUUAUCAUCCGUUGCUGAGACUGACAGAUUUGUAUUUAUUUAUGAUAGUUAAUCUUUUAAGGUCUAUAGACGUUGUUAAAAUACUAUACUCUUCCCCACACAAUGUCAUUCAUCAUUGUUUGUUGAGCAUAUUUACAGGUAUAUAAAGCCGCAAAAUUGAUUUUCCAAUUCAGAUCUGGUGCAUUCCAGUUCAGCUUAAAUUAUUUUUGUAAAUAUAAAUGUAAUAAUGGGUAUGUUUGUGCUGUUAUAAAAGUUAAUGUAUAGCCAACAUCCAUGCUGUACAAUUCUUUGCAGGCACGUUGAGCAUUUUAAGAAGAUACUAUUCAUGCAAGUGAUUUAUUAUUGUUGCACUCGUGGCUGUCCAUGAAAAGCAAACUGAUAUCUAAAUUGGUUAGAUGAUAAUUGGCCCACUUACAAAAGGAAGUAUUUGCUGUGAAAUAUUGACAUGCCAUUCCCAUAAACGACUGGAGAAAUAUAGAUGAAAAUGGAAUGUUAAUGGACAAUUGUGUGUGUGUUUAUGUAGCUGUACAGUAAUUUCAGAGAUACUGUAUACUUCUUGUGUUUACAGUUGCUGGGGGUGUUUUGUAACUGACAUUGAAGCAUUAUUUGUGACUUUACUACAAUCUGUCUAUUUUUAUAUUAAAUAUAUGGUUGUUGACAUUAUGUUUUCUGUCACCACAAGUUUGUAGAAAAUGUUUUACAUUCCUUUUUGGAUGUGUUGAUUUCUGGGAGCGCAAAGGUGAUGCACCUCAAUGUGACCUGUUAAGAGACGUCCAGAACAUAUACACCAUACCAUACUGUUUUUGUAAACUUUGUGAAGUUAUGUAAAAACCAACAUAUAUUGUGAAGUUUUCUAAAGUGGUUUUAUGUUAUUCCAGACUGCUCCUAAUCCACAAUGAAUUUAUUUUUCUUGUGAAUGAGGAUGCAAUAUAGAUUUUUAUGCUGAUUGUGUGUUCUGUAGAUGGUCAUGCGCACAUUUGCACAAUAUUUGAUGUUUGAUUUCAUGUGAUUGUAAUUGUUUUGAAAAUAAACAUAAUCAACUCUUCCACAAAUAA